AUGCCAGAUCUACCGGUUGUCUUGUACACCGGGUCGCUUCACGCUGUCCCCGGCCACGAGGACUACCCCAUGAUCGACCCCACGAUUGACACACCGUCUUCUGAGGCUCUCACACGUCUUGCAGCCACGAUUACUGAUUGGCCGCCCACCCCGAGUCAUCUCGUCCGUUACUGGAACCCUAGCAGUCUUCCCAGCAUGCACAUUAUCAUGCGCAACUCAUCGACGAAGCUGCUCAAGCAUACACCAAUCGACCUUUGGACGAUCGCGUAA